UCUCACCCGACACAGCUGUGAUUGUUUUUUUCUGCAGAGAAAGGCUCUUGUGCCUGGUUAUGAGCUUUCUGUGCGCUGGAAUGGAGCAGCACUGUUCUCUCUUUCUCUAACCAACAUUUCCUUGUUGCAACGAGCAGGAACACAAGGAGGCGACCCCGGGGGUUUAUUCAUCCGCCAAGACGGCACCACAACCAGAAGUGUGAAGACAUCUUGAGAUCAAGCCUUAAAGCGACCAAUGCCCAGACUGGAGGAGCACUGCUGGAGCUGCUCCUGUGAAACGAAACACUCGUCCGGAGCUAACUGGUUAGCAUCCAAAGCUGAAGAAAUGAUGUCCAUCAUCACGUCGGUGCUCCGCAAUGCCUACGGCUCUCUGCACGACGUGCGCGCGGCCAACCUGAUCCGUCGGGGUCUGGUCCUCUUCACGGUCGGAGCGUUCCUCGCCUUGGUGCUCAACUUGCUGCAGAUCCAGAGGCACGUCACCCUGUUUCCCGAGGAGGUGAUGACAACUUUGUUUUCGUCCGCCUGGUGGAUCCCACCGUGCUGCGGCACCGGGGCCGCUGUUGUGGGCCUGCUGUAUCCCUGCCUCGACAGCCAUUUGGGAGAGCCGCACAAGUUCAAGAGGGAGUGGGCCAGCGUCAUGAGAUGCAUCGCAGUGUUCGUCGGCAUCAACCACGCCAGUGUUAAACUAGACUUUGACAACAACGUGCAGCUCUCCCUCACGCUGGCGGCCUUGUCCCUGGGCCUGUGGUGGACAUUCGACCGGUCCAGGAGCGGCUUUGGUUUGGGCAUCACCACCGCCGUCCUCGCUACUGUUUUCACACAGCUGCUCGUCUACAAUGGAGUUUACCAGUACACGUCUCCAGACUUCUUGUAUGUGCGCUCAUGGCUCCCAUGCAUAUUCUUCUCAGGCGGCGUCACCGUGGGAAACAUUGGACGCCAACUUGCCAUGGGUGGCGUCGAGAAGCCCCACAUGGACUGAACAUUGGAAACGCAGGAAAGCAGGCGACGGACAGACAAUGUAAAGAUGGACAAGUUACGUGAAGAAUGAGGAGAAUAACAGGAGCGAAAAGACUCAUUGUUUUCACUUCAUCCUUUGUUCUCAUAACAAAGUGCGGGUCAGAAAAAAAGCCCCUCAUCUAACGUGCCAUGUCCUCUGCACCUCCUUGUGGCCAAACAGCCUCUCCCUCCCACCUCUGUUCUACUCCAUUAGCAUGAAGGCUCCCUUCACACUACACAGGAGGACAGUGUUUGCCUUUUUAAAAAAAAAAAAAAAAAAAGAUUUCUUUUGAAGUGAACUGGUUUUUAUUUUAAUGCUGGAAGUAUAUACGUAUCUUCCUGCCGUUCGUGGAGUGGGAGCGUGCGCGUGUGUUUUUAGUGUGGAUGCGUCUCGGCAAGAAAAGACUGGUUUUGUUUUUCGCCUGAAUAUAUUAUGAUCAUAAAAGGGAACUGUUGUAUGAGUGGGCAAAAGAGAAAUGUCUUCACUCUCGACAUUGCAAUGUAUUCAGUGGCUUCGGCUCGUGGGGGAGAUGUACCUUUCCAGUCAAACCAAAUUAACUAUUUAUUUUGUAGUUUUUGAAUGACCCCCGAACCAAAUGUACUGUAUGAAUGACGCUUCCCAUUUUUGAAAGAAAUUGUAGCUGAAGCCGGGCAGCAGGGCGGAACAUAAUGCAACGUAUUUACCAUUUUUAAUGGCGUCGAUCUUCUCAUCCAAGUUGAACUUUUAAAGUGACGAAAGCGCGUUGGUGGUCAGAGUGAAGAGAGACAGGAAAUGUGUUCCAGCGUGCCGGCGACGUGAGACCUACUAGUCGCAUUUACCUGUGAACAGCACCAUAUUCUCAUUGACUGGGAAGACCUUCUGUACAUUUGUUUUUGUCUGCUUCUUACCAUUUUAAGACACACAGACAGACAGAGGAUUGAUAGGUGGGGGGGGGGAAAAAAAAUAAUCACAUUUUGUGUUAUUUUUUUUAUCAGCGGCGCGAAGAAAGCCACCGCGGUGGACUGUUUUGAAAGAAGGUACCAGGAGUAUACGAGAAUUACUUUUUGCCAGCAUCCGUGGUCAUUGUUGAGCCAGUUUAAACGCACUGCGGUGACCAUGUGUUCAAUGUCUUUGUGAGCAUUUACAAUAUUUCCCCACUCCAGAUUCAAACCUAUUGGGAGCAUCCGCCAGUUUAAAGAGGGCAGGACAUUAUUUCUUAAGAUUUGCAAUCUGUGAUUGCCUGUGUAUUAUAGAACGUAGUGCUUUUGUCACUAUAACAGUUUUUAGUUUCAUCAUUUGUACAAACAUUACAUUAUUGCUUGUGUUUAAAGGCUUUCCUAUGUGAUCAGAACGGUAUUAUUACCAUACUAGACCUCCAGUGUGUUAGUUAGCAUUUGGGGGUCUACAGGAUUAAGUGCAAUCAGAGUAUACAUCAGCCGGUUAUUCUUCCUUAUUUAUUAUUAUUUCUGACUGGCAAAAAAUUAAACUUGUUUAAGUAUAUGCAGUUAGCGUUAAAAAAAAAAAAAGAAGCAAUAACAUCUUUGUUUUUGUGAACAAGAUAUGUGUCAGAGAUUACAUGCCUUCAGGGUCAAUACCAAUGACUCACCAGAGAGAUGAAAUGAAAAAGAUAUUCUGUCUCAUUUAGUCAAAGCAAACCUGAUUUUAUUUUUGUAAGACUUUUUGUGGCAGAUCACUUCAGGUUGAAUCUGCUUACAUUCAGGUGUGUUUCACUGAAGAGGAAGCUUUAUUUUUUUGAGGUGGUGAAGCACCUUUUUCGUUUUCGAUGUUUUCGAGUUUCUGUGUGUCUGAUAUUUCAGCCAUGUAUCAUUUUUGCUACCAUGGAUUUAAGUGAAAAAAUAAACACCUGAUAAGGA